AUGUGGUCGCCCUGGGCAGCGGCAGGAUUCGGGGGCCCCGGCGCCUCCUCACUGCUGCCGCUGCUGCUGCCGUUGCUGCUGCCGUCCUCUCAGGGCUGGAGUUGCGGGGGGCUGACCUGCGGGGACAAGGAGCGUUGCUGCGACUUUGGCAAUGUCACGUACACAGAGGUCAAGUGCUGCAAGCUGCCCUUUCACACGUUCCUGGACAAUGUGGGCUGGUUCGUGAGGAAGCUCUCUGGGCUCCUCAUCCUGCUGGUGCUCUUCGCCAUCGGGUACUUCCUGCAGAGGAUCAUCUGCCCGAGCCCCCGCAGGUACAACCGGCGCCAGCCGGCCCAGCCACAGCAGCAGCAGCAGCCCCCCCAGCAGCUGGCGGCCGCUCCCGGAGGCCGGCGACCGCAGCCGGACGACGCCCCGGCGCUGCUCCACGAGACGGCCGCCACGUCCCAGGACUCGCUGCUGGACAGCAGCAGCAGCAGCGGCCGCUGGGGAGCCUCGUCCGAGCACGAGCUGCACGCCGUGUCCUCGCCUCUCUUCCUCCAGCUGCCCAGCUACGAGGAGGUCAAAUACCUGCCCACGUACGAGGAGUCCAUUCUGCUGCAGGAGCAGCCGCCGCGCAGCCCCAAGGACUUCGUCCUGCCGGUGGCCGUGCUCGACCAGCCCCGAGGGGGCGACUCGGGCUGCGCCCAGGGAAGACACCCACUCAUUUGA